AUGUUAUAUAAUGAUGGUGUUGGCUCCAAACUUUCGUAUACCUCCAUGUCACCUGAGAUAGGAGGGGUUGCCGAAUACAAUUUCACGCCCUCAUCUCGCUUGUCAGUUGGCUCUAUGUAUUCUGACCCAAACACCCCCACAGAUUUGAACUCACCGAAUAUCCUGGACAACGGUUGGCUUGACCUUCGUAAAAAUUCUUUUAACGAUUUCUCCCUGGGAAACUUUGCUAAUCCAAACUUUGCACCAAUCCAAGUGUCAACUGGUGCAUUCGAUUUCGCUCCGAUGAACCCGACAACGGAGUCUAGUCAGUUUAUGAUGGGUGGUACUCCUACGCAUUAUUCGAAACCUCAUGCGUUUCUGAGCGUUGAUCAACUUCUUACAACAAGCCACAAUAAUGUGAUGCUUGAAAAGCUCCAAGGUCUCGGAUCAAAUAUGCAAUCACCGUUGCAACUUGUACAGAGCUGGGACCUUUUCAAAAUUCCUAAAGUUGAGUUGGAAGCUGUCAAAGAAGAAAUCAGUGAUACACAAGCAACGAAUUUGGAAUCUUCUGGCGCUUCAUUCAAUGUGCUGAACCAAAAUCUUCCACUUCCUCUAUUCAAUUCCCCAGCUCAGACUUCGGAGUUUUCAAAAAUCAUGGAAUCAUUGAGCACAAAAUUAUUUCCAACUGACGUAUCUCAGUCUUUCAUCAAAUAUGAGCCAGAUCAAGUGGUUCCUACUGAUGUCAAGCCAUCAAUCAUUAAUCAGAAAACCCCACGUUACAGUAAGAAUGGACGUCUUAUUGGUCGUCCACCAGGCACAUACAAAUUUGCCAAACAAACAAAAAGUAUAAAUAAUGAGAAUGGCGAAGUUAGAGUUUGUGAGUGGAAUGGUUGCAAAGCACAAUUUACAGAUGAAUUGCUGUUCCACGCACAUGUUAGGACCCAUAUGAGUGAGUCGGAUAUGACUGCGCAACACUGCAAAUGGGAUGGCUGUCUGGAAACAAAGCCAUUUCAAUUCUACCUUUUGCUGGCACAUGUGAGGAAGCACACUAGAGAGAAGCCCUACGAAUGCAAUUUUCCUGUAUGUGACAAAAGAUACAGUCGGAAGGAAAAUCUCAAAACUCAUUUUCGCACUCACACCGGAGAAAAACCCUAUUCUUGUAGUCUCUGUGGAAAGCAGUUUACUAAUGCUUCUGACUGCGCGAAACACGUUAACAGAACUCAUUCGGAUGAGAAACCAUACGUAUGCAUGGGACCUGAAUGCAUAAAACGCUAUACUGAUCCGUCUUCAUUGAGGAAACAUUUCAAAAAGUGCCAUGCAGAGUUCAUGGAUGAGUUCCGUGCUGGGCGUUACCGUUUGAAACGGAUCUCGCCUAACAACAACAAAGAAAAUAUUGCUAGAACGAUAAAAAACCACUAUCAUGAUCACAAGCCAUCCACAACGCCACCAAAGAUGUUCCCCAUGACAAAAUUACCGGCCACACUACCAGCCAUCAACUCGCUUGCUUCACCACCGCUUUCUUUCCUGGAUUUGACUUUGAAAACUGCGCAUAUCCUAAACACAACUGUGUCCGAAGCGUUCAAAUGUGUAAUUACGGAUGAGACACUUCGUAAAGACUUUCUGGAGAAAGUAUCUCAGCCACCGCUUUUAUUAGAAAUCCUAUCUAGCAAAACGUUAACACUCUCCACCAAAUAUUCCAAUGUUCCUGUAAGCUCUUCUUUCAACUACCCAAUUCCAUGUAUCUCUGCUCUGAAAACAGAAUAA